AUGGAUUCGCUACCCACGACGGAUAUUCCAACCACUGCACUUGUUGUUGAGAAGCCAGGUGCACCUUUCCUCCUCGAAGAUGUAAUACUAGACGAGAUCAGAUCACAAGAGCUACUUGUUGAGAUCAAGUACACGGGUGUUUGCCACACUGACCUCGUCGUUCAAGAAGGCAAGAUGCCGAUUGGUUCAUUUCCCGCUGUGCUCGGACAUGAAGGAGCCGGCGUCAUCCUCAGACUGGGCGACGGGCUCAAGGAGUCCGGUCUUGUUGUUGGUGACCGAGUUCUGCUAGGCUACUGCUCGUGCAUGGCUUGUCCGGCGUGCAACGAAAACCGGAAAGGAGCUUGCAAUAACAUUGCAAUGAUCAACUUUGCAGGAGCACGAGGACCUGAAGACUCACCACUUCGCCUCACCAAUGGAAAAUCGAUACGGGGUGCCUUUUUCGGCCAAUCCUCGUUUAGCAAGUUGGCCCUUGUUGACUCUCGAGCAGUGGUCAAGUAUGAUGGGCCGGUUGACGAUCUUUCUUUUCUGGCGCCGCUCGGUUGUGGAUAUAUGACGGGUGCAGCUACAGUUAUGAACGUCCUGCAACCGAAGGCAUCUCAGAGUGUGGCAAUAUUUGGUCUUGGGGCGGUUGGUCUUUGUGCAUUGAUGGCAGCGAAAAGCAUAGGUGUCAGAGAGAUCAUUGCGGUCGACAUACUGGACUCGAGGUUAGAGAUAGCGACUAAACUUGGUGCGGCGAGAACGAUCAAUGGGAAACAACAUGACAGUAUAGAAACUGCUAUCCACCAACUGUUGCCAGCCGGUGUUGACUACAUCGUUGACACCACCGGCUUGACCAAGAUGAUCAAUGAAGGUCUCAAGGCGUUGGGCCACGGCGGGACUUUCGCAGUGGUUGGCACUCCCCGUCCAGGAGAAUUGGCUCAUUUUGAUCCUUUGGACAUGCUGGUUCAUUGCAAGAAAAUCAUCGGAGUUACUGGUGGCUAUUGUAAUCCUCAAUCAUUCAUUCCCCAGCUUGUCCAAAUGUUUCGUGCCGGCAGAUUUCCCAUCGAUACUUUGUCCGAGACAUAUGCGCCUUCUGAAAUUGAGCAGGCGAUACAAGACAUGAAGUCGGGCAAGGUCAUCAAACCGAUCCUGUCUUGGUAG